AUGUCGUAUUGGCAAAAGAAAGCAGCGGCAAAGCGCGAGGCCAAUCUUGCAAAGAUACCGAAAGGAUGGCUCCUGCCUGCAGAGUUUCUCAAAGCCGACCAAACUUCCAACGAAAGUGUGCUUGAUGUGCCGGCCAAGUGUGGCAUCCUGUCGCCGGAGGAACUUCUGGUAACUCAGAAUUUCGACGCAGUCUCUCUCGCCAAAGUGGUGCAAGUCGGUUCGCUCAAAUCAGAAGAUGUUGCAGUUGCAUUCUGCAAGAGAGCGGCCAUCGCCCAGCAACUCACUAAUUGUCUCACGGAGACUUUCUUCGACGAUGCCAGAAAGCGGGGGAAGUGGCUCGACGAAUAUCUGGCAAAGCACGGUAAACCUGUUGGACCUCUCCAUGGACUACCCAUUUCAAUUAAAGAUCCUUUCAACUACACCGGCGUCCAGUCGACUUUGGGUUUGAUUUCUUACCUGGACCAUCCUCCUGCAAAGGAGAACUCCGCGUUAGUGGAUACGCUCCUCGACCUGGGAGCUAUUCUGUACUGCAAGACGAAUAUUCCUCAGACUAUGAUGACGGCGGACUCGGACAACAACACGUUCGGCCGUACGCUGAAUCCGCACAGGCUGUCCUUAGGUGCUGGUGGAAGUAGCGGAGGCGAGGGUGCGCUGGUGGCCAUGCGUGGCUCUGUUAUCGGUGUCGGGACAGAUAUUGGAGGAAGCGUUCGCAUCCCUGCUCUCGUCAACGGGACUUACGGGUUCAAGCCCACGCCAAACAGAAUCCCAUACGGAGGCCAAGCAUUCGUCUCGAGACGUGGAUCGCCCGGUUUCCCGGCCUGUGCUGGCCCCUUGACAAACUCGUUCGAGGACAUGGAGUUCUUCGUCCGCAGCAUUGUGGACACGAAGCCCUGGGAUCGGGAUGCCACUGCAAUUGCGUACCCGUGGCGUUCGGAGACGGCCAAUAUCAAACCAAGCAAGCUGCGGGUUGGAUACUUCCAAGGAGACUCAAAGUUCCCAAUUCACCCACCGGUUCACCGUGCUAUUGAAUCUGCCGCGAACGUUCUGGCGGCCGCUGGCCACGAGGUGAUCCCUCUAGAGCAGACACCGCCUCUCGAUAUUGCAUUGGGUCUUAGUACUGACUACUGGUCCCUGGACAAUACUCGUACGUCCAUGCAACACAUCAAGAACGGCGGGGAGCCACUCAUCCCUUCGCUUGUUAAGCAAGGGCCUACCUUGACGAAGAAAGAAGACGGCUAUUCAAUGGACGAUCUGUUCGAGAUAAAUGUCGACGCCGGAGAGUACAAAGCCUCCUGGAACAGCCUUUGGGCUCAGAACAAGUUGGACGUUAUCCUGUGUCCUGGUGCUGAGACUACGGCCGUGCCGCACGAUACCUUCGGAAUUCCUCCCUACACAUUGGUUUGGAACUUGCUACAGUACCCGGGCAUCAUCAUCCCAGUGGGCAAAGCGGAUAAAGCAAUAGAUAAAGACUCCUUGGCCAGCAAUGACUGGAAGAGAAAGUACAGCAGUGAGGACAUCCACGGAGCCCCAAUGGCCAUCCAGCUCGUCGCCCGCAGCUUCCAAGACGAAGAACUCAUCGCGGCCGCGAGAGUUAUCGACCAGUGCCUGAAAAUUGCGGAGAACACUGGCUCCAGCAGAUAG